GUCUGCUCUAGUUGACGAAACGCCGCAGGCCGGUACACCGCACUCGAACCCUGCCACCCCCAAUAGGACAACCAGGCAGCCCUCGAGAUUCUCAUACCGUGUCAUGAGCGGACGGAGGAGAAUCAGCGAUGCACGCAAGUUUGCAAGGGACGAGGAGAUCCAACAGUUGAUUGAUGCUGAACCUGAUCUCCCCCCACCGGUGCCAACGGUUCGGAAAGAUGCGUCGUCGGCUCCCCUGCCGAUCCUUCCCAUGCUGGUGUUGGCUAUUGCUAUGUUGGGAGAGUUCCUGUCUGCAAAUGUUUCGACUCCUUUUUUGUUGUUCAUGGUGGAGAGUUUUGGCGUUGCUGAUGAUGAAGCUCAAGUCGGUUACUUGACUGGUGUUCUUGCCUCAAUGUUCUUCAUCACUCAAUUCUUUACCUCGCUCCUCUGGUCCACCGUCGCGAAUAGACAUGGUGCUCGCGCCGUCCUUUUCGUCUCGCUCCUGGGGAACGCCAUCACUUGCGUCAUCUUCGGCACGUCACGCAGCUACUCGGAGGCGAUCGUAAUUCGCCUUACACAAGGGGUGUUCAACGGUGCUGUUGGUGUUGCACGAGGGACAGUGGCAACGAUAACAACUCCGGACAAUGAGGGAAGGGCAUAUGCCAUACUUGGUUUCUGUUGGGGCAUGGGAGGUGUUACCGGGGCUAUCCUUGGUGGUUCACUCGAAUCACCUGCGCUUAAAUUUGGAGGGAGAUUCGACACGCCAUUUUGGCACUCGUAUCCCUACCUUCUACCCGCCGCGAUCGCCUCGUGUGUCACGCUCACGGGAGCAUUCCUCUCGCUCUUCCUCGCUUGGGACGGAGGCCCUCGAAACGGCGCAAUUCGUUUGCCUGAGAAGAAUCCCGACGAGGCCGAGCAUGAACCUGCGCCGAAUCUCCCUACUAUGCACGAGGAGGACGAGGAAUCUGCUAUCGGGGUUGAGCCUGCGCCCGUCCCUGCGCCAGAAGAAAUGCAACCUGAACCGCCGGAGCAACCCAACACGAUUGUCACCCAACUUCAGAACAGGGUCACGAAGCGCUUGAGCGGAUAUUUCGCACGCCGCGUGCGAGAGCACCAGACGCUGGCGUCUUCCCCGGGAAACACUCCACCUUCCAACGGUCCCAGGCAGAUACACCGCAGCGUAUCAGGCCCCGUACCUCGAGCAAGGGCAGGGAGUGCCUAUGGUUAUGGGUCCCGGAACCUACCUUCCGGAUUAAACGGGCUGAGAUCAAGACAUGCCAGCAUACAAACAAUUCGGCGCAGGCGCAGUUCUGUGUAUGGUGGAGAUGACGCAUAUACCGACGACCAGCCAACUCAAAACCUGAGUCUAGCUCAGAGACUACUCAUGGCUAAUGAGUUUACCGUCACCUCCAUGGGUGAUCUUUGGGUCGCGGCUGCUUUGAACACUGAAGCAGAGCAAGUUGUUGACGAUACACCUGUCGCAUCCGACAACGAAGAGGAAAACGUUAACGCCGAUGCACCCGAAUCAAUGCUCACAACGGGCCAGACAUCUCCGAAUCGCCGUCGAUUCUCACAAGCGAAUCUCCGUGCACCUGAGCCCUCGAACGGCGUGACAUUUAGCCGAUUCUCAACUUUCCAAUCCUUUACGUCUUCCGAUUCUCCACGAGAGAAUCGCCGUCUCUCUUUUGCGUCUACUCUCCCUCCAAUCAUGAACAACACCGGUCUGGCCGAACCGCCCGGCGUAUUACUAUCCAGCCGAGAGAUGACCGUCGAGUCCGGAUUGGAGCCUAUUGUAGAGGGACACGUCUCCCACGAAGAACAGCAAUCACAGUCUGUGGAGAUCGCACCGUCGAGCAAUCUCUGGUCCAGCCUGCCACUUGUUAUCAUAUUCCAGUAUGGACUGUUGGCGCUCCACAGCACCACGCACGACCAGGUGUUCUACUCCUACCUUGUCUCACAGUACAAAUCGGGUGGUCUGGGCCUGAACCCCGCCGGAUUCGCUCAGCUGAUCGCACUGAUGUCCAUCGCGCAGAUGAUUUUCCAGUUCCUCUUGUACCCCUCUGUCGGACCUCCUCGAGGCCGAUUCUCUCAUCUCGCCAUGUUCCGCAUUGGAUCCCUCCUCUUUAUUCCUGCAUAUCUCUCGGUUAUCCCCUAUAGAUUAUUUACCAAUGCGGAGGGCGGAGGGUACGUCAUCGUCAUGAUCGGCUUGGCCAUCAGUACCGCUACUAGGUAUUGUGGAUCGACGUUCUGCUAUACGGCCGUUGCCAUACUGCUCAACUACAUGUCUCCUCCACCCGUUGUUGGUCUGGCAAAUGGUCUUGCUCAGAGUGUCGUCUCGCUAUCCCGUUUUAUCGGGCCCAUUCUGGGUGGAUACAUCUGGUCAGUCAGUGUACAAGACCAUGCAAGCGGAUAUACCUUCGGGUUCUUCAUUGUGUCCAUGAUAUGCGGUCUUGCAAUUUUGCACAGCAUGACCAUUCGGUAGUUAUUGGCGUUCUUGCGAUUUGCCUUUGAUGCAUCACACGCGAUCCUCUAUGAAUAGUCCUUCUCCCUUCCACUGUAUCCCAUAGGCGUCUCCAUCCUUCUAUUCGCUUCUUUCAUUUCUCAUUUCUUUGAUCCCCAUUCUUCGCAAUACAAACUCAGCUCAUUCAAUUCCGAU